CCAUGGAGGACCCAGGUGUUUAAUAUGGAAAAAGUGGAAAAGAGAAGUUAGGGAGACACAUGUUUUGCGGGCUGUGCAUCUGGCGGGACCGUGUGCUGAGGUUGCAUGCCUCACAGAUGCAGUAGGAAGAUAAAAGUGCAUCGCUGAUGAUGUUUGAUUUACCACGGCUAAUAAAGCUCUUGAUUAGCAUGCGAGUGGAAUCAUAUACAUGCAUCUAUAUUUAAGAGAGUACCUAAGUAAGUUUUAAGAUUAAAAAGGUUAUUUUGGUAUCAGUUCCAGUUUUUAGUCCUCUAAAUGUAAUUUCUAAUGUCCGUUUUUGAUGGCUUAAGGCUGGAAUACACUAUAGGACUUUUAAAAUCUGAACAGAUUUUAAAACACUUGCCGACUUUGUAAAUGGUUACAGAGAAAAUCUAGACAUACACUUAACAACUGAGGAUUUACACACUUUCAAAUAGUUUCAAACACUAGUUUCAAGCUCACUCAGAAUCAUAUGCCGCUGGUGCUCUACAAUCGCUCAAAAUAUCAAACAUGUUUGAUAACCGCCGACUGAAUAGAAUCAGUCUGAAGUUAAAAAAAUCAGAGUUUGUGCCCAUCAUACACUAGCCAAAAUCUGCAGAUUGGCUCGGACUUUUAGCAACUAUCGUCAACGGGUCCAGACUGCAAAAUUCUAGGCAAAGGUCAAGCAGUGUAUUCCAGCCUUUAGUCUCCUACAACAGAACAAAGAUCAGACCGUUGAAUCUUUUCCACAGUUCUAUGAUGUGUUUGUGGACACCACAAAUGCUGGUGCUUCAAAGCCUGAGCCCAAAACAGUGACGGUUUAUUUUCAGUGGUGCUCAGAGUAGUGGCAGCCAGACGUCCCACUCGUGCUUGCUCGCCCACCAGUGAUUAAGCUUUUAACCUCGGACAGUGACUAGAGUCUUUUAUUUGUUUUACUCCAAGAGGCCAGGGCACACUUGUGGCAGAUGUUUCAACUCGGGAUCACAACCUCCAGAUGCUCUCUUGUUUUGCACCUUCUCUUUCUAGAAUUUUGGCAGUGGACAUACUUAUGAGGUAUACUGUUCCACUUGCUUUGGCUAGUCCUGUGCAACACCUUUUUUUGAUGUACUUGCAUCCAGUAAGCUGUGGGGAGACCUUCAUGUGGCGGAAGGGUCGACAUGUGUUAGUUUACAAGAUCCAUGCUGUGUCCAAACCCCUUUAAAGGUAGAGCCAAGCUAAGACCUCCUUAGUCAUUUCCCUUUGGAUUCUGUGAUUUUAAAUGUCAACAACUAGACACAGCUUUUACGUUUAUACAUGCUUCAGUUGACUUUCUAAUGUAGGUGAGAGGAAGUGAAAAAAAAGAAGGAUAUAUUUCAAUGAAGCGUAAUGUUGUAAGUGGGGAACCAGUAAGAAAGACAAUUAAUCAGUGCCUCCACAGCUGCUUCCUGACAUUUCUGCAAAAUGUUGUGGAAAAUUUAAUGAAGGCUAGCUUGUAAUGGUUUCAAGCUUACCCAGUGGAAAAUAUGACAGUCUUUCCAUAGACAAUUAAGACCAACAUGAAGCCCUGUUUUUCACUUUUUUAAUCUGUCUUUCCUUCCAUAGGGCAGUGUUCUAUGUUUAAGCCAAGGCUAAAUGGAAACAUGUACAUUAAAACAGAUACAGCUGUGGAGUCUGAAAAACCCCUAGGAUUGUUGGCGCUUUGCUAAGCAAUCUAAGCAGUGGCACCUACAGGAAGAUUUAGUGUCAAAUCACACAUUCCCUCCCACAGUCCGCAAGGCGGGCAUGUUUUUAAACACUGCCUCCAGGAAUGUGUCAUAAAUCCAUCUAAUGACCUAUACAUGGUGCUGAUGAUCUUUACUCCAUUUACUUCCAUGACGUUUUCCUGCAUUGCACCAGUCCGCAAAUAUGCAGCUCUUGUUUUGGGAGCGGGUUAUUCACAGAGAAUGUUUUCAUCUGUGCCGUUUUCAAUUAUGGAGCUAUCCUGUAAUUACAUUGCUUUGCCCCAUAUUGGACUGCUGGUGUGCCUCAGAGUCCCAGGCCAGACCUCUAUCCCAGACUGGGGGACAUUUUUCCUUCCAGGACCCCCCUUUCUCUACUGGUCGGUCCAGUCACUAAUUUGAUUGGUAACAGUAUCUCGUGCUUGGGCUUUCAGUGUGGCAGUUAAAUUAGACGUGACCUCAUGUUGAAAGGGAUUUCUUCUAUCCUUAAUAGCUGUUGUGUUUUCUAUCAGCAGGCACUGCCUUCUGACCUGACACCCACAGCAGAACUUCGAUUGUGGUAUUGCUCCAAUAUAGACCUCUUUGGUGACAGAGAAAGAAGAUAGAAAGAACCGCUGCUUCAGUGUGAUAGGUUUAUUCAGGGCUUCCCAUCAGACCCCUUCAGAUGUUUGUUGGCUUGUAGCAAAUAGGUAUCAGUAGCUUUUUUCAAUAUUAGGACAUAAAUGGCGGACAUAAUAACUGGGCACUUUCUUAACUGCUGUUACUGUUCAUCAAGAUAAAUCGCAACAUUUCCCAAACUGAGACAGUGCUAAUGUCUUAUUUAAUGACUGAUGUCAAGGCCCAGUCAAAUUUUAGCGCAUAGCAAUUUGUUGAGAGAGCAGCCGUCUGGACAGAUGAUGUUAUUUAAAUAAUCACCAUUGAUAUGAUUAUAAUGACAAGCUAAUGGAUAAUGUGUCCUUUCCGCUGCCGUAUCUCAAAACUAAUCAGAGCGAGCGAGCGAGCGUUUUCUCCCUCUUCUUUAUGCCGUGAUAUUGUCCUUAUGAAAGAAUUGCCCAUCAUUUCUAUGAAUGUGAGUCUGUUGAUGCUUGAUUUUUCCGGUACAUUCACUCUCUCACUCUCGCUGAGUUGCUGGCAUCACAGCUGCUAGAUAAUUACGCAUUCGACCAAAUGUCUUGAAGGGUUGUAUGCACCUCGUUUCCGGCUGCGCAUGGAUCACAGCAGCACUGCCAUCCCUCUCGGCCCACACAGGCAGAGAAUUAGAUGGGCUGGGUUGUGUAACUGAAGCCCCUUUCAUAACGCAAUUCAUCAACACCAUAACCCUGCAUGGUAUUCAUGCCUUCUCCACCCACACAGGAACAGUCACCCACUCUCCUCACCCCGUCUCGAGAUGGCUGUAGAUGCUUCCCACGCAUGCUUUCUCUCUCCAGUGCACACAUAAAUGUUCAGGCUCUCCAGUACAGAGUUUUAAAAAUACUUCCCCUUUGCUUUAAUGGCUUUUUCCUCUCCUCCAUAUAGCUUUCAAAGACUGGUUUAUCUGUCUGAUCUAGGGGUGUCACAAUAUACCUGUCUUUUGCCUAAAUUAGGGCGAUUAUGGAACGCUAAGCUCUCACAUGUAAGGUCUGCUUCAUUCAUACCUGACGCUGGAGGGCUCAUUCGCACAGAAAGUCCACAAGUGAGACUCAUAGGAGAUAUGAAACUUAGGAUGUUCCAGGAAAUCCCUAAUAUGGACAAAGACAUCCAGAUAUUGCACACUGUAGCUGAAUAAAAUGCAGAUAGAGGCAUUUUGACUGAUUUGAGAAUUAACACACCAUUGCGACAGUAUAUGCUUUAUCUGUGUUCUUCAAGCCAUCUUGGGUAUUUUCAUAGUGAUAAUGUAUAUGUAUAAUGCAAUUCCAGUCAACACAGCCUUUAUCACUGUAUAGAAUACCAUAAAAUAAUAUAAUUUCUGCCUCAUUUUCUGAUAAGAAGCCACAUGACGGAAGUCAUUUCAAACUGGUUGCCAUUUAGUGUAAUUGUUCCUUUUGUAUGCAGUGGUGUGAUUCUUAAAAAAGAAAAGAAAAAAAAAGACCUGCAAGUGAGCCUUUUUAUGAACUCCUAUCAAUCCACCUAUUUCCUACUUUCAGAAGGCUUUGAAGGCAUUGUAGCUAUUGUUAAGUAGCGAGUUAUGGAAGUCCUGUGCCCUUGGAAUGUGAUUGUGAUAUUGCCGAUGUGUAGAACUCCCCUAUGCUGACCAUCUGGACAUGAUUUUAGCAGGCCUGUGUCUCUGUGCUGGCCUCUCACCCGGCUGCAUGUGGAGUUGGAUGAGUCGCCUGCCCAAGAUUCAACUUUGGAGUCUUAAUGAGGAGUCAGUAUGACACUCCAGGGGGCUGACUCACACACAUUUUGGGUGAUACAUCCUCUGGUCCUGCUAACACAGACCAAAAUCACACCGUAAAAGUUGCUGGAUGAGCAAAAGGUGAAUCUUGCAGGGAGCUGAGAUAAACUGCAAAGACAAAAGUUCCGUGCGAGUGAAGGAAAAGGUAAUGUGAGGAUAGCAUUAGUGUGCCAUAAUUCAGGAUUGUCUCCGAAAUUUCCUUUAUUUGAGCAAACGGACGAUGGAUUUUUUCAGUUAAAGGAAGUUAAACAAAAGAACAGCUAUUGAGAUCCUUCCAGCAUGCAGUCGAGGUUGCUUGAAUAAUUGCUUUGAAAAGACAUGUGCCAGUUCCUUUAAAACAGAAGAUUUUAUUGUGGUGUCCUUACUUCAAUCUAUUUUCAUACUCAUUCUUAUCUGCUCUGUGCCAGAUGAUAAAGCUCAGUUGGAGUAGUAAAAGUUGCCUCCAUCACUAAUGAGUUGGGAUAGCUGGAACAAGGGCCGUGGAAAAAUCAACUUAGCAACCUCUCCUCCUCUGCAAGAGUAGUGGUAUUCGUGCACACUUGAAAUUCCCUUAUGGCAGUAAAGUUACUCUUGAGACAACCAAGCAAGGUGUAAGCAAAAUUUAGAGCACAACAACAAGACAAAUACAAAUAAGGUGCAAAAUAAAGUUUAAGGGAAUGACCACAAUUGUUUUAGCAGUAGGAGUUUGUCACUAUAACUUCGAUAACCACUGAAUUGAAACAAUUAGCAGCUUGUUGAAUUAUUCAGUGUCUGUCCUACAAGGAACAAAAAAUUGUCCCACUUUGGACUCCGGGCAAUGAGAUCUGGCUUGUGUACCUCCCCAGCAUCAUGGCUGUGAUGUCAUGGGGGAGUAGACAAAAGGUGGAACCCAAUCUCUGGAACAUACCGCUCGGUGUCCAGGUGCACCUCAGUGAACUACAUGAUCUAGUAUCACUGUCCACCUCCAAAGAGUCCAUUAGCUUAAGUAUGUAAACUGCAGUCACAUACAUAUCUCCUAAUUAUUUAUCGAGUCAUUUGCAUUACUGAAUUUGCAGUUCUUUGUACUUAAACCAACAUAUCACACCAUAAGGGCUUUGGACUGAAAAACCAUCCCUUUAAAAGGUGGGGAGCGGUAAAUGGACAAGCUUGACUGAAUUACUCUAGUUGUUUAUUGCUAUAACCCUGUAACUUUGGCAGGAGCUAAACAGCUAGGCAGCUGAUAAUCACAAUGCCUGUUAAAGAGCAUGACUCAGAAUAUUUUAAGAACAUACUUUGGCAAAAUAGGUCUGCUUUUAUUUUAUUCUUUAUUUAGUUAGUUGUUCAUUUCUAUAUUUAUUUGUUUGUAGUCUUGCAGUGUCCUGUGGUGAACUUCUGGGAGAUUAGGCAUUUCCACUGCGUAAUGGCUUUAAAUGUGAUGGCACUUAAAAAAGACAGGGAGUCUCCCUUCAAGUGAAAAGGAUAUCCAAAUGGCUUAGAAUGUGACAUAAUGCCUCUCCAAAUCCUUUUAGGACUGCUGCACCAUGCAGCACUCCUUGACAAACAGACUUUGAGAAGACUGAUGUUAAUCCUCUCACUGGAAUCUGACAGCAGAACUGUAAAAUGCAUAAUCCUUGCAUUAGAUUAGGUGGUGUAUUUUUAUUCAUGAGCAAGUGUCCUCAUAAAAGUUUUUAUGUUCUUUAUUAUACUGGUAUUGUGCAUCCAGUGUAGAGACCUCGCUGUGGCCCCAGGCUACGUACCUCCUACACUUUGUAUGUUAAAAUGGGGCAGGAAGAUGAGUGGGACAGUAGACAGCGGCGUACUGAUCUCAGCCAUGCAAGGAUCACAAUAAUCUUUGGGCAUAAACAAGUUUCAUAACCAUCUAACAACAUGGGGUGGUUGAAAAAUAUGUUUUGAGCUAUGUGUGUAGAACAGGACUUACUGUAGAUUCACAGGGCACCAGUAGAAGAGAGCACAGAGACGUCAUGUCAUGUAAGACUUUUGUAACAUCUUUUGGUUUAUGUAAUAUGACUUAGUCAUGCUAUUCCAAAUUCUGAUGGAUUUGCUGUGAAUGGAGGCACUGCUCUUAUCCUCUUCACAGUAUGUGUCCCACACAUGUGCCCUCAAAUUGUAAGCACAUCAAUUUGCCUCUUAAAAAUAUGCUUCAAAGUAUUUUUAACCUGCCUUUAAAACAUAGAUUAUGCAAUUCAUUCAGUAGAUAUCUCGCCACCCAAAAAUCCAUCAUGUCACGAAACUCAGGAAAAAAAGUGGGGAAAAGCAUGAGUAAUAGGGGAGGACGGUAUGACAAUAUGUAUGAUGGUGACGAUAUAAAGUGUCUAUUACUAGAGGUUUUUCUAUAUUGUUUACAUUGGUAAAUAUCCAUGUAGCACAGUACUACUUAAAUUUAUUAACACUUCAGAGUGAUAAAGAUACAUGGCAUGCAUGAAUGAGAAAAUAAAGUGCCUGAUGUGCAAUAAGCAGAAAAAUAGAACUCAAUGCGACUCAUGGCUUAUUGUACUUGAAUUGUCAAAAUCCCUGUCUUGGUGACUAUUCAUGAAAACAGUUUUGUCCUAAGUGAAUGUAAACAUUUGGGAGAAGACCAGAUGUAUGUCAAUACAAGUGACAGCAGCUAUAUCUAUCAUAUCUAUGUCCUUAUAGGAGUGUCAGCAGUAUCUGUAGUUUCUGUGUCAUCAUUCUGAAAGCCUCACUAAUAUACACAAUUUGGCAGAAAUUUUGUUGUGCAUGUUGCUGUAGGAAACAAUGGCUGACAAGGCUGCUAUACAAUUAAAAUCACUGCUUUAGUGCAACAGCAACUGAGGAGUUCAACUCAUGGUUUGUCUUGGUUUGUGAACACAUACUUUCCUGUGUCAGGCAUGGAAGAAUUAUGAAAACAAAAUGAACCAAAAGUUAAUGUUUCAAGUGCUAUAAAUACCAGUGGUUUUUCUGCCCUGCUAUUUUUAGUGCUCACAUCGCCUUCCAGACACCAGCGUCACACAGUUUCCUCACUCAUUCUCAAGCAGCGCUGUCUGUUGCAAUCAGAACGAGCCUGAGUUUAAGAUAUACAUCACACAGAGAGCGUGAUCAUCAUCUUCCCUUUACAAACACAUUCAUGUUCUAUUUAUUGCUUUGAGUACUGUAAAGUUGUACAAAAAGCUGUCCAAAGUUGUUCUGUACCUUGACACCGUAUUUUGCUUCCUCCUUUGUCCUUAAGUGUUCACAGUGUUAAAGUUUUUCAAAGCUUAGAAAAACCCAAAACUCUUAAGGAAGAAAAUGCUUAGAGUUUGCCCUUUAAACACCCACCCACACUACUUCGAAUGUCAUUUGCAUUCCUUGGGCUAUUUUUAUAUGUUUGUGUCACUUUAGGAAAUGAGUGGGCAAGGUUGUUAAUGAUGACUCAUGAGCAGAGGGAGGUGGUAGCUCCUCUGCAUCAGUUCAUUGAAAACUCUUGACACACUUGCUAGACGAGAAGUACACAUCUGUGCAGCUGCCUAGAUAUCAAACUGAAAUAAAACAAGAAAGCAAGCUGUAUUUGAAGUAUGAUGAGCAAGUCACAUGAUCAACUACCAUACUGUUUUGUUUAGACAGCUGAGUAUGAUUUUUCCCCAGCUUAUUUAGAUAUCAACUUUCAAAAUCUUAAGAUACUGAAACAUCAGAGGUCUUUAAACAGAGGGGGAACAACCUUGGAUGAAACAAAAAGUGAAUGGACUGCUCAAAUGAGUGAUGGAAAAUUACUGGCCUGAUUGUCACAGAGGGACAUAAUUUACAUUUUUAAAGUGGAGCGACACUUGAACUAUGGAAGUGGAAGGACCUUUUAUUUAGGAGUCACUUAAGUAACUCAUCUGACAUGACAGCGUACAUGAAUGAAAUUUAACAAACACCCAUCUUAAGAAACCCCAUUGAAGUACUAAUAAAAAUGGAGCCACAUGAACCUGCUGUUGGCCAAAAAUGCACCAAGGAGCAACGGGAAAAGAACCUCUUACAAAGAAAAUGGGUCUCUGAGCCUUCUGCUGUGACGAAAAGAAGUACCUUCGCAGAUCCAGAUAUUAAAAGACACUCGCAUCGUGAGCAAAGUCUUACAAGUGGGACAAGCCUUGCAAGCUCAACUCAAAAGUUUAGCUCUGGAAAGCUGAUGUCAUCUGCAGUGACACACUCAUCACAAGAAAGUCAGUUUCAACAGGUUUUCCCUCGGCCUUACUCCUACCAAUUGCCACAUUCAUACCCGCAAGAGCCUUUCCUUGGUGGUACAAAGCCACAACCUGGGUUAGAGGCCCAUGCCUGGCCUUUCUCUGGUCAACUGCAAUCUCUGCCACCAGAUGAUAUGUUUCCUGUUCACUCUCGCUCUCAUGGAGUAUUUCCCCGUCAGAAGUCUCCAGCCGGUUUUGGCCAGUUUUCCCAAUCUGGACCCGAGCAGCCAGAUGAAAGUCAUAAGAAGGAACAAAAACCCAAGAAACCAGGAAAGUACAUAUGUCACUACUGUGGCAGGGCAUGUGCUAAACCCAGUGUGCUCAAAAAACACAUCCGGUCCCACACAGGGGAGCGUCCUUAUCCCUGUGUUCCAUGUGGUUUCUCAUUCAAAACCAAGAGCAAUUUGUAUAAACAUAGAAAAUCUCAUGCUCAUGCUAUCAAAGCAGGACUUGUUCCAUUCUCUGAGCUAGCAACUCGAACAGACACCGAUCAAGCAUCUUCAGUUGGGGAAGCAGAGGCACACUCUGACGGUGAACAAAGCACAGACACUGAUGAGGAAACUGCAGAAGGGGCUAUGUUCCCUGAAAAACGUAGCCCACAGAUAUCAUUCGAGUCUGACAAGAGCCAAAUGGAAAGGGGACCAGCAUAUGCAGAUCCAGCAGAGGAAAUGUCCGUGGCAUCUAUGAAAGUGCCUAUCUUAAUUGUUCCAAAACAAGGGGUUCCAUCACCUGCCACAGAGUGUCCCCAGUUUACAGACAUUAAAGGUUCAGUUAUUGGUGGACAGAUGGGCAGAGGAGAUGAGUCUCAUACAGUUAAACAGAGACUUGCCUUAAGACUAACUGAGAAAAAGGACCAGGAUUCAGAGCAGUCGCAAAAUCUCUUAAGCCCCCACAGCAAAGGUAGCACUGAUUCUGGUUAUUUUUCCCGCUCAGAGAGUGCUGAACAGCAGAUUAGUCCACCCAACACCAAUGUAAAGACAUAUGAAGAGAUAAUGUUUGGAAGAACUUGGUACCACAGAACCAACUCCAGAUCUAGACAAUCAGUCACAGUUGGGAUGGUAGCUAUUGCUAGUCAAGACACUAAUAUCAACAAUUCUAGUGCCAUGCAGGAGUUGGCCAUGGGAAAGAUAUCAGAGGGUCAUGUAUUUUAUCAAAGUGAUAGUGCAGAAUCUCAAUUAAUUGCUGGGUGUGACCCAAAGCAUUAUCAUGCUGGCUCUUGCCAAACUAACACAGGUCUUCUUGAAGCACCCUCUGAUUCAGGGCCACUUAUUAGAAGCAACUCAAUGCCAACACCUUCCCCUACCAACCUCAAUGUCCCACCAAGUCUAAGAGGGAGUCACUCAUUUGAUGAGAUGAUGACCCAAGAUGACGUCUUUUACACAGGAGCCGUGGGUCUAAAGAGGUUAAGGAGACAGGGUGCCUUUGAACACUCUGCCCAAGAAGGGCAUGGAGAGUCAGAGAACUAUGGGAAGAUCACAGGUCCGAACUCUUUAAAAAUGGGAGAGAGGGGGUCUUUGAUGCCAGAAUUUAAAGGCUCUGGCUCAGAGAUGGCUUGCCCAGAAGUACGCACAGCAUACACUUCAUAUGGUACAAAGGUGGGAAUAACAGAGUUCACCACAAGAAAACGGCGCAUGAAAAAGAGUGUUGGUGAAGAGGAAGAUUGCCUUGGACAAGAUGAUGGCAGUCGGAGUGGCUCUACUGAAAUCACAGGGGACUAUGACCUAAGACAAGGAAGUCAAGAUUCUGCCAAGGCUGCUCCUGCUAGUAAGGGAUCUAUGUUUAGAGCCCACAGUCCAUCAGACAGUUUUGACAGAGGCUCAUGUAUGACACCAGAGGAUGUGGUACUUGUUCAAGAUUCAGACACAAAGACUGCUGGUAAUGUAAUAUCUGUCAUUCAACAUACUAAUUCGCUGAGCAGGCCAAACUCAUUUGAGAAGACUGAAUCAAUUGAACAUCCAUUUUAUCAGCCAGAUAAGCAUGCUGGACAUCUUUCUGAGCAAUCAGACACAGAAAACAUUGAUGAUGUGCAGAGCCCUGAUUCUCAUCAUAAAUCAGAAAGCAUGGAACAUCAGCAGCAGGGUGACAAUGAGCAUGGAUCUUUCUCUUCUAACCCAUUGUAUCAUAUACCCCACAAACUUGUACGACAACCCAACAUUCAAGUGCCUGAAAUAAGAGUUACAGAAGAGCCUGACAAACCAGAAAAAGAACCUGAAGUAUUAGUGAAAGAACCAGAGAAACAUGUUGAGGAAUUUCAGUGGCCACAAAGGAGUGAAACAUUGUCCCAGCUUCCUGCAGAGAAGCUACCCCCAAAAAAGAAACGUCUGCGUCUCGCAGAUAUGGAGCACUCUUCUGGGGAGUCAAGCUUUGAGUCCACUUGUACUAGCCUUUCAAGAAGCCCUAGUCAAGAAAGUAACUUAUCUCAUAGCUCAAGUUUUUCAAUGUCAUUUGACAGAGAGGAAAGCAUCAAAUCUGUGUCCCCAACUAAACAAGAUGACUUUGCUAAGCAGUCUGAGUUCUUAACUGUUCCAGGCAGUGGCCAUUCUCUGUCUAUACCAGGCCAUCAUCAAAGAGAGAUGCGACGCUCCUCAUCAGAGCAGGCACCCUGUGCUUUGCUCACUGAAGUACCAGAAAUACGUAGUAAGUCAUUUGAUUAUGGAAGUCUUUCAACCGGUUCAAGACAAGGAGAAGUAUAUGCAAGUGCUUCAGCUAUGAAGGAGCGUAGACGCGGUUACCUGGUUAGACAGGCAUCUCUCAGUGUCUAUCCUGAAGUAGUGGUUCAAGAGCCAAUCUCAGAGUUGAAUAUCAAACAAGAGCAUUCUGACCAUGUUUCUCAAGCUGCUUUAAUUGGUACAUCCUAUUGUGUAACUAGUGACAUGGCAAGACCCAGAAGAGCUACACAGUCAGUUCUAGGAUCACAUCACUUGCUGCAACAAAGCAUCAGUGAGGACAGCCAAUCUGAGGAUCAUUUCCAGAACACUCCUCGUUUGCCUGCACAGCUUUCAUCAGAUAGUGAGCAUUCAGUGCAUGAGCACAUGACCCAGGAUAUAAUUCAGCACUCUUCACUUCAAAGCAACCUGGCAACCUCACCCUUCUUGCCAUUUCAACCAAUGCUCUGGCAUCCUGAAUCAACACAAAGAAACAAGCAGCACCUGGCAUUCCAGACACAUCAGUUACAGAAACUACAUAUCAAACAGCCAAAUCUACAGCCCAUUCUACAGAAACAAUACCAACCUCCUCAUCAAAUUCAAGUGCAAACAGACUCAAAAAGUGAUGGGGCAAGUCACAACUAUCCCUAUCCCUCAAGAGCCUCCCCACAGCAGCUUGGGGUCUUGUCAUCUAAAGUGCUGACUACAAGCUUCUUACAACAAGUUCAGCCUAUCUUUGCUACUCAAAAUGUAGGUUCACAACCAUCACUCCCUGGAAUGCUGGUCCCAGUUAGGAUCCAGACAAAUGUGCCAUCUUAUGGUAGUGUUAUGUAUACAAGUGUUUCACAAAUCUUUGUCACUCAUGCUCAGAGCACAAAUUCUAUCAGAGUUAUAUGCACAGACAGUGUGUCGACUGCUUCACUAACAGGCACUGGAUCAAAGCACCAAGUAGGCAUCAAUUUAUCCAAAAUAUUAGGACAUUCUGAAGGGUCCUUAAAUUUUCCAGUAUGGAAAGUUCCUGAAUAUUUACCUGGGAGCCUUAAUACAGGAAUUCCUUUGUCUCUGACGUCAGGAACUAUCUCUACUACAGAUGCUUCCUCUAGUAUCGGGGGGAGCAAGAGAAUGUUGUCGCCAGCUAGCAGUCUUGAGCUUUUUAUUGAAACCAAACAACAGAAACGGGUCAAGGAAGAGAAGAUGUAUGGACAGAUAGUGAAAGAGCUUAGUGCAGUUGAGCUGAGCAAUUCUAGUGCACCAAAAGAUGAUAAGUCCCCCAAACCUGAAUUUUCAAAGAGAGAUGACUCGAUAGAUGAACAAGAGAGGAUGUCCUCAUCUCCACCCUCUGAUUUCUUGUCAUCUAAAUUACUUGGGUACCCAUCUGCACCUCAUUUACCUGAUGUGCCUCCAAAAGACAACUUCAUUCCACCCUUGCAAAUUAUUACACAUGUGGCUAGCAGAGCAGAUUCCCCAGAAGAGCUUGAUGUAGAUGAGUCUACUCCAGAGGCAAGCUCAAGCCCACAGUCAGUAAUCUCCUCAAGUGAUACUCAAGAAGAAUCCAAGCAGAACAUGGGUAACAAGUUCCCAGUAAACAUGCUGGUGCAGCUAGCUGCCAAUCAGGGUGGUGGAGGAGUUGCUGGUAGCACUCUCCUACUCACUGAUCUGGCAGAUGUACAUCAGUUCUUUCAAUUCCCAAGUCUUCGCACACCAACUAGUGUCAGCUGGUGCUUCUUAAAUUAUACCAAGCCAAAUUACGCACAUACAACUCCCCUAACCUCUGUGUAUGGUUCUUGGUGCGUCAGCUCUUACAAUCCCAACCCACUGAACCUCAGCACCAAGGCCACCCUGGCACUUCUUCGGUCCAAACAGAGGAAGAACACAGAGAUGUAUACAAUGGCUGCUAUGCAUCAACCUGGCACUGGAAAACUUGUUUCAUCCCUCCGGUGGAAACAGAAGUUUGAGCAGUUGAAGCCUGAGCUUAUACAGUUUGAUGUCGGAAAGUUUGGGAAGAAAAUGAAGGGAAUUAGCUCAAGAGACAGGGGAAAAGAGGACCAUGGAGAAAAAGAAGCUUCUUCAAAGCAGGCCGAACCCACUCGCAUCAAAAUCUUUGAAGGAGGGUACAAAUCCAACGAAGACUAUGUUUAUGUGCGUGGCCGAGGCCGGGGAAAGUACAUCUGUGAGGAGUGCGGGAUCCGCUGCAAAAAGCCAAGCAUGCUGAAGAAACAUAUUCGCACACACACAGAUGUCAGGCCAUAUGUCUGCAAGUUUUGCAACUUUGCUUUUAAAACAAAAGGAAACCUUACGAAACACAUGAAGUCAAAAGCUCACAUGAAGAAGUGCUUAGAGCUUGGAGUGUCAGUGACAUCUGUGGAUGAGGCUGAGGCAGAAGAACCAGACACCACUGAGGAGGUUCAAAGAGCAUCAGAGAAGAUGUCAGAGAUAAUGGCAGAGCACCAGUUCUCUGACGCUGAUGACUCAGAGGGUGCUGAAGAGGAUGGUGAUGAAGUUGAUGAAGAUGAGGAUGAGGAUGACGAGUAUGAUGGUGAUUCAACACCGAAAACACGGUCUCGAAGCACAAGCCCACAGCCAUGUGCCAUCCCCUCACACUCCAUCACUGUCGCUGCUUCACAGGAAUCCACCCCAGAGCCUCUGGCCUCCGUCUCCAAACAGCCUCUUUUCACUUAUUUCACCAGUCUGCCCAGUAUUCAGAUCACCCAACUCAUGGCACCCAGUGAGAAAGCUGGAGAGGCCCAGAUGGCUGAAUACCAGAAGCUCCUUCAAGGGGCUUUGGGUGAAGAUCACAAAAACAGACUGGAUGUGCCUAGCUCUAUGGAUGAAGACCUGGAACAUAGCUCAUCCUCCUUUGACUUCUGCUCCCGUCUGUCUUCACCAGGCUGUGAUUCCUCCCCUCUUCGAGAAAGCUCACCUUCCUCUAGGCGGUAUCUGUCCCCUCGAAGGGACCUCUCUCCACGUGGCCGUUUGUCACCAAGGCGAGAAGCAUCUCCCCUUAGGCAUAUCUCCCCCAGGCGGGAUGUUUAUAGAAGGGAUUUGUCACCAAGGAGGGACCUUUCACCUAGAGGGCAUCUCUCUCCCAUCUCCCAGACAGGACGACCGACAUCCCCAGGAAGGGAUCUCUCGGGUAGACUUUCUCCCAGAAGCCGCAGGGGCAUGAUCAGACCUGUGUCCCCCAGGAGGGCUCUCCAUUAUCAAAGUAGCCCAUGGGCGCUCAGCCCCAGUCCACAUGCAGAGAUGAUAUCAUUAAGCCAAAAGACAAAGGGCCAUGCUGAAUUGGAGAUGGACCAGCGAAAGACAUCUCAUCGUCAAGGGGAUGCUCGCAACCCAGAUGCCUCCAGCAUCCACCAGGGAUUAUUUAGCCACCUUCCCCUGCACUCCCAGCAACAGAUCCGCACUCCGUUCUCCAUGAUACCCAUUGGCGGCAUCCAGAUGGUCCAUUCUGUGCCCGCUUCUGUCACAGGUCAUGGCCACCCUACACGCCUUCCCCUGCAGAAGAGCACCUCGGAGGAGUCCAGCACCAGUGAGGUGUCCUACCACCUUUCUGAGGGCAGAGGGCCCUCCAGCAGAGGCCCAGAGGACUCACCUCAACCCCAUGAAAAAUCCAUGUCCCCCAAUGCUCCAUCACCUUCCUCACAAAAGUCACGAGAGGACAGCACUGACAUGUCCGACAAGGAAAGCAAGCAAGAAGAGUGCAUCCAAACGUGCACUAAGGCAAUUGCAUCGCUGUGCAUCGCCUCUGAGGAAACCCCCGAAAAAUCGUCAGUUCCUGUCGAUCCUUACCUUCAGCACACAUUAUCUCAUUCACCCGCAGCUCAGCAAGACUGUGCGGCGAGAGCGCAACACUAUUGCAGCUCAGAGAUCAGUCACCCCCUACACUCCAGAGCAGAGAGCAGUAUGUCUGCCACAUCAAAGACUCCCGCAGCAAGCCAUCCCACUCUCUACAACACAGAGACGGCAGAGCGAGCGCUUGGCCAACAGGGCCGUGGAGAGAGGCCAGCGACCAUAAAGAAAGGCAAAGAUUCAAAAGACGCUAUUAACAACAGGUGAACAAGGUCGAAGGGAGAGUGGUAAAUUAUGCUAACACAUUUUCUAUUUACAAAUGUACAUCCAUGCACACAGUCUCGAAAAAACAAGUGAACUGAUUCCGUGGGUUCAAUGUACAUGUAUAGCAUGCCUUUUAUAAAAUGGUUUGCUAUCUCAACUAUAAUUACUUUCUUAUUUAAAGUUUCAAAGAAUAUAUAUAUAUAUAUAUAUAUAUAUAUAUAUAUAUAUAUAUACAUAUAUAAUAUGUUAACUUAUACAUAUAUGAGCCUGACCAAAAUUGCUUAUGGACUUUGUCUGGUACUUUUAAAAAUUGUACAGAUGUGUGUGCCUUUUCUUUACUUUUUGCUUAUAUUCUUAUAAGCAUUAAACAGGAAGACAUGUAAAUAUAUAUCGAGUUUUGUGUACCCCGCUUUGUAAUAAAUGCAAUUUACCGUCUUUUUGGACACUUUCGGUCUGAAUGAUGUGAAGUAUCGAUACGUGUAAGGUUGCACUAAAACAUAUUUUUAUAUGUGUGAAAUUAAAUGGCUUUUGUGUACAGCAGCGAUUCUAUAAUACUAUUUAUUGUAUCUUGUUUCAUAAAUUGUACAUUUUUCUUAAUGUUGUGGAUGCCUUUUCUAUGUAAAGCAUGGGUUUUGCUAUUGCAUAAUUAGAGCAAAAAUUAUGUACAUGUAAUAUGGCUUUAUAUAUUAGAAGUAUGUGUGCAUAUACUUCUCAGUAAACUCGCUUUAUUUAGAAUUCUAUAUAAUUUAAGUAAAUGUUUAUAUACCUAGUAUACAGAAAACAAAAAACAAUAUAUCUGCACAUGUUUUAGAUUGACACCCACAUACAGUAUGGUAGUUGGUUCUAAGUGCUUGUACCCUUCUCUUUCCUAUUGGCUGGUAGGCUACACUAGUUGUGAUUUCACCGUUCACAUUUUAAAUGUAGAACUGUUUAAGCAUUAAGCAAGUGAAUCAACUUUCGCACUUCUGCAUUUCCUCCACCACUUACUGAGGUAGAUGUGAAAGGUAUUUUGAUCUUCUGUGAAUUAUGUUGCUUGAAGUACUUGACUUGUUGAUGAUUAGUAUGGGGAACAUUCCAACAGAUGUAAAUACUGGAUGCCUACGGUUCUGUACGCUCAUAGCCAUACAUAUUCAUACAUUGAAGGAGUUCGUCAUGGGCCAUGUCAUCAGUCCUCAAACACUUUUAUAACUAUACAUACAAAAACUCCAAUACUGAGAACUCCUAAAAUGCACCUUAUGUUUCCUAAACCUUCCUAAAGAAUCCCAAAUUAUAUCACUUUUAGAACUGGGAUUGGAAAUAGGUUUUUUUUUUUUUUUUCUCUUUUUUUUUUUUUUUAUACAUGUUUUGAGUUGAAGCAACCUAACUGAACUGGAGAAUGAAGCCAGUGCACUCUUGUGUGUAUAUCUGUAUUUUGUAUUGUGUGUAUAUGAUCUAUGUAAUUGACUCCUUUGACAUUUUUGUCAGUAGUCCCUGCUAUCCACUUAACUGUAUUAACAUGUCUUUAAAACCUAAGGUAUCAAAAGCACAAAUCAUUGUAUUGAAACAAACAAAAAGAAUAAAAGACAAACAUAAUUAUAAAAAUAAUAAAAAAAAAUAAAAAGGGUAUCUUUGUGAUUUUCAGUGGAAAAAACUAUGUACAAUAUCGGUUUUGACGAAUCACAGCACAGGUGAAAAAAAUACAGAUUGCUGUUUUCAAAUAAAUACAACUAUGGCAA